UGCAUCGAUGAACUCACAGCAAUGGCAAAACUGCACAAUAAAGAACUUCCCAAAACCCUCCAGAAGCUGGAAACCCAGCUUGAAGGGUUCAAAUAUGCCUAUUAUAAUUUCUAUAAAUCCGUUGGCGAAAGAUUGAACAACCCUUCAAAAUAUGGUUUCAAGGAUGCAACAACGGCAUGUUGCGGCUCUGGUCCGUACGGAGGAGUUUACAGCUGUGGAGGGAAGAGAGGGAUAACAGAGUUUCAUUUAUGUGAGAAUCCCAGUGAAUAUUUCUUCUUCGACUCCUACCAUCCCUCGGAAAAGGCUUACCAGCAAUUUGCAGAGCUGAUGUGGAGUGGAACUACUGACAUCGUAUGGCCUUACAAUCUCAAAACACUAUUUGAAGCCAAGACAUCAAAUCUUUAUGAUCAUUUCAUAAUUCCAUCACCGUAGAAAGAAUUAACGAUUCCCAUUGCUGCUCCUGAUGGAAUUUCUUUCCUCCGAUCCUCUUCCACAAAUAACACAUCUGGGAGCCAUGCUCUUGCCGACUCUGGAAGAAAAGACAUUGGAAAAGUUAGUAAAAGACGCAAGUUGUGUCUUCAAUAAUGUAACAGGAACCCAUUUUAAUAUAAUUUAUUCGGUAAAGGAUUGAGCACAGCGGAAUGCAUGAACUUGCAAAAUCUUUUUCUUCA